AUGGCUGUAAAAAAAUUAUCAGCCAAGAUAUCUCCAACAUUUGCACUAUUACUGCAAGGGCAAUUAAGAAAUUAUAAAAAGAAAAUCACUGGUCGGAGGUGGACUAAAGAAGCAAAAAUUACAGCAUUGAGAAUGUUUAAAAUAUCACCUACAUGUUAUCGUUUAUUACGAAGGCUGUUCCAUCUACCUGCACCUACCACACUAAAAACUUUACUUAACAGAGUACCAUUUAGUGUUGGUAUCAAUCACCCAGUUUUUGAAGUAAUGAAAAAACACACACAAUUGCAAAAGCCAUCAAACAAUGAGUACACCCUGAUGUUUGAUGAAAUGUCCUUAAAAAAGCACCUUCAAUAUAAUCCCAAGGAUGAUGUGAUUGAAGGAUACCAAGACCAUGCAUCACAAGGAAGGUCUCCUUUGAUUGCUGCAUAUGCCUUAGUAUUUAUGAUUACUGGUAUAAGGCAGAGAGUAAAGCAGCCUAUUGCCCAUUUCUUCUCUAGUGGAUUUUCUACUGCAGAUAGGCUUGCAGUACUAAUAAAAGAGGUCCUACAUCAAUGCCUUAAAGCUGGAAUAAAUAUUGCAGCCAUUGUAUGUGAUAUGGAUGGGGUAAACAGGCGAGCUUUAAAUAUCUUGGGUGCUUCUCUACAGCACCCAUACAUAAUUGUUGACAAUAAGGAGAUUAUUACUUUAUUUGAUCCACCACAUUUGUUGAAAUGCUUCCGAAACCUCUUCAUAAAAUAUGAUAUAGACUGCUCAACAAAUAUUUCCUCUAAUGUUGUGAUAGGAAGAGGUAUUGCUAAAUGGUCCCAUGUGAAGAAAUUUUACGAAGCAGACAACACUAAUCCGAAUUUUGUUUAUGCUCCUGUUUUGAAGAAAGAGCACCUUAAUUCCAAUACCAGACAGAAAAUGAAAGUGAAAUUAGCUACACAGGUGUUAAGCCAUUCUGUGUCGGGAGGAAUGUAUGCAAAAAUAUCUGCAGGAGAACUCACUACAAAUGCAACUGUCACUGCAAAUCUUAUAAAUAGUAUGGACAAAUUAUUUGACACACUGAACAGUGAUUGUUCAGACUUGCGAAGAGGGAAACCACAUGCAACAAAUUUAAGAAAAACAGUCCACUUCUCAAAUGUUUUGAGGAAACGAAAAAGUUCUUUUCAACUA